UUCCUGUACUUGGGUUCCUGUGGUGUUGUAUCAGCUCGCGCGGAAGUACCGAAAUUAUUAGCAAGAUGACAGCUGAAUCAACUAUUCCCGAGAUAUUUGAUUUACAGAAGAUAUCAAUUAGGGCAUUCUCCUAAUAAUGAGAUCCACACCGACGCUUCCACGUCACUGCUUGGGAUGGUAGACAAUGGAACGCCAUGUUUGAACUGGAUUUAGUUGUGUUUUUGUGAAGCUAUCAGGACUUCCCCCACAUUUAGGCGACUUUCUGGAUUCCUAAGGAGAAGCUGUUGAGGAUGGCCCCUAAAACCACUGUGAAACAGAGAAAAUCAACCGCCUGCACCAAAAAAUCAGCCCCAGUUGGGGAAUUAAAUGACUCCAAACACAGCACAAUGAAGAAUGUCAUCCCACAUGGGGCAUUACCACUACCUGAGAUAACACUUUACUGCACAGUGUGGAUGUCAAUGAUGGUCUACUUGGUGUAUGUUGUCAUUGAAGCUUCGAACGAGUAUAAAGAUCAUCUCUGGCCUGGUGAUUUCUCCAAGGGAUGGAAGUUCAUUGGGCGUGAUAAGGAUAUUUGUGAUGCUGAAUGGGAAUUCUGGUCUAAUCUCAAGUUGGAGAUGAUUCUCGCUUAUUGUCUGCAUUCCACCGGUGGUUUGGUUAUUUCUCAUUACCUUCCCAUGGCACGCAGAUGGUAUUAUCCAGCCUUUACUGUUGCCUUUUUGGUACUGCUAGUUGGUAUCAAGUCGGUUCUCUACGUGGUUGCAGUCUGUACUAUAUUCUACCUCACUUCUAAGACACAGUCUGUUUCUUUGGUCUGGACCACAGUUAUUGGAAUUUUGGCAACGCUGCAGUUUGAAACUGCCAGAAACUUCCAGUUUCAGUUUCUGUCAAGCAAUCCUGACAAGAAUGAGAUUGUUCUGUUUGUGACGCUGAUGUCUCUUCUGAGAUGUGUUAGCUUCUGCCUUGAGUGUUGCUGGCACCGGCAAGAUGGUGCUGGUGUUACAAGGGAUAAAACUGAUAAGCCAUCACCAUCUUUCACCCUACUUGACCUGUUACUCUAUAAUUUCUACCUUCCACUUUUUGCAAACGGACCUGUCAUGACAUACAAGGAUUUCCAUACUCAAUUUCACCAGCCAGUGCAGUUGCUAACAAAACCAGAGCUCCUUACUAUCCUAUGGGACGCUAUACGCACUCUCUGGUGGUAUAUAUUCCUAGAGGUGUACCUUCACUAUAUGUACUCUGCCGCUCUUGUGAGAGAAGCCCCUGUGUUUAAGGGCCUGUCAGCAUGGACUAUCACAGGGAUCAUGUACUCUCAACUCAACAUCUUCCUCACGAAGUAUGUGGUCUUGUAUCUUCUCUCUGGCCUGUUUUCGAGGUUGGACCAUCUAGACCCUCCUGGAGCUCCACGCUGCGUUUCCACCUUGUACUUAUUUGGAGACAUGUGGAGAUAUUUUGAUAGGGGCUUAAACGUCUGGAUGAAACGAUAUAUCUAUAUCCCUAUGGGAGGGUCCCGAAAGGGGAUUCCCCGCCAGAUAACAGGAUCGUUUCUAGCAUUCACGUUCGUGUGGGCGUGGCACGGGGGUCAGGUGGACAACCUGUGGUGGUUCAUCCCUAACUGUCUGGGUGUGGUCAUAGAGGGACUGGCAGGAGUUGUGUCCGACCUACCGGAAGUGAAAGCAAGAGAGGCAAGUUUGUCGGAAAGCAAUCGGCGCCGUGUUCGUGCAUUGUUCGGGUCUGUUACAUUGUGCUGUCUCAUCCUUAGUAACCUCGUGUUUCUACAAGGUUCUGAGCCUGUUUGGUACUACAUUACUAGAGUCUACUGGCAAGGAUUCCCUGUGUGUCCGCUUGUUUCGCUGUGCGCGUUUUAUUGCUGUGUACAAACUAACAUGGAACUAAACAGAUACAAGCGUGGAAAGUGGUGAUCUUGCUUACUGUUGAAGACGUUCAAGAAAUGUAUAGUUCCAGAAAAUAUCCAUACCCUCCCCCCCUUCCCAUGGAGGGGAUUAGAAUUUCCGGAGAAUUAUAUAAUGACAUCGCUACAAAGUACGAUGAUAUAGAAUUUAUUGUAAAUAGGAAUAUAAUUGAAAACCAAUUGUUAAUAUUAAUGUAUUUGAAGCAACGCCCGUGAAUCAAAGAUUAAAAGGUGCCAAAUAAAAUUAUUGAAUUGAAUUAAAUAGAAAUUGAAAUCGGAGGAGGGGGGGUCAAAUGCCCAGGAAUUUCCAGAGGAGAGGGGGAUGCCAUUUUGGAAACUCCAGAGGGGUGGGGGGUCAUACCUCCGAGCCCUUCAUAGGGAAGAGGGGUAUGGAUGUUUUCUGGAACUACAUAUAAUAAGAUUGAUACAUACAAGCUAGGUUAUCCUUUCGCGCCUUUUCGAACCAUUACCAAGAGGGGACUGUGUUGGUUAGUGUUUCAAGAUGGUGGCUAAAAAUAAGCAAAAUCGCGUGUGUUUAAAAAACUGUAAAAUAAUCAGGAUUGAAGGAAACCGAAUUUUAUUUUUCGGCAAAGUCAGCCUCAGAUAAUAUACAUUUUGCCCUAACGGUGAUCCCGUUCGUUGGAGAAGCACUUUAGAAGUCGCUCAAAUGUUUUCCUUUCUCAUGUUUAAUAUCGUUACUCUAGAUAGUUGUUUUAGUAAAGGUUGUAAGUGCUAUUUCA